AUUGGAUCCAAAUACAUCCAAUCACAUGGGGAUUCUAUCCAAUGUUAGGAAAAAAAAAAUCCCAAAGUUUAGCACAUAAACAAAGGGAAAAGGGGGACAAAGCCCUCAGAUUCUUUGAGAGGCGCUGAAAGCCUAGGGUUUUCAAUAUUACUCAUGGCGAGCCCCCCCAUGCACUUCCACAGUUAAGAGAGAGAGAGAGAGAGAGAUGCUCUAGAGAGAGAGUGAGUCUUCCUUCUUUGAACGUGGAGAGAGAGACUCCUCUCUGUAGUUUCAUAUAAGAAUCAAAGGGGAGAAUGAUGAGAAUGAAGAUGGAGGAGCUUGUGGGCGCAGGGCUGGUCAGGAAGCUUGCACUAUGGCACACCAACACCUUUAGGCCCAUCUUGACACAGGAUGAACUCGAGCCCAUCAUGGCCACCCUCGGGUUCGUAGCCGAAGAGCCGACGGCGGCAACACACAACGAGUGGAAGGAGUAUCGGUUUCGAGGUAGGUGGAUACCUAAAGACCAUCGGAGCUUGGUUAGGCUUCCGAGUCCGAGGAUCGAUGGCCUCCAUAUCCACACUUACAUGGCCUUUUGUGAUGCUGUGGCCUUCUACCUUGGCCUACCGGACAUUGCUGACCACUUCCAUGUUAGAGGCGUACCACUGCAUCCAAUAUUGGACCAUCCUUUAUCGCAUUUUCGGGGAUUGCCCAUGACUAUGCUUGAAGACGAGGGGCACUAUGUAUAUAGAGAUGGAACUCUCGACCCGGACUAUACUUGGAAUUCUCGUGGUCUUGGAAGUGGCGGGGGAAACACUACCAUCAGUUGUUUAGUUGCUCUCAAAGACGUCAUUGUUUGAUAUUUAAGUUUUAUUUUAUCAAAGAAUUGUUUACUGAACUCUUCUUUAGAAUUAAAGACGAGUUUGGAGUAAUUAUCCAUGGUAAAAUUGUGUUAAAGACGAGUUUGGAGUAAUUAUAUGUAGA